CAAAGGCCGUCCCCGCGGUCACGCACCAUCCCCGCGGUCACGCACCAUCCCCGGGCUCAUUGCCCAACAGCCCUGCGGCUUGGGGACGAAGGUCAGUGUCACCACGAAAGUCACCGUCACCCUUGGGGGUCCUCUGAGCAGCCUCUGAGCAGCUCCGGGUGGCUCCGAGGUCCCCCCUUCCCACGGUGGUGACAGUGGCCAGGUUCGGCGGUGCCAUGGGGCGGUUCUGGCUCUGCCUCCUCAUCCUCGCUGCGCUCUUGGGCCCCGCAGAAACAAAGAGGGCCCGGAUCUGGACACAGCCGGCAGCACCGACCGUGUACCACCGGCUGAUGCUGAUCUGCGAAGUCACUGGAGAUCCCGGCCCCCAGGAGUUCCUGUGGGAGAAGGAAGAAAGCCCAGUUCCGCUGCAGAAAGGCCCCCACAACGUCCUGUUCCUCCCCUCCUUCAACGACACCCACCUGGGCACCUACACCUGCACAGCCAGCAGCCCCCAGGGCACGGCCGUGGCCACCUACACCCUGUGGAUAAAUGGAGCAGCCACCUCUGUGUCGCCUCUCCCAGACCUGCAGCAAAAGGUGUUCGUGUUCCCCCAAGAGUCCCAAACCGCCCACGUGCAGGUGACGGCGAAGCUGGAGCAGCCCCUGCACAACUUCACCGUGUGCCUGAGGUCCUUCACCGACCUCACACGGCCCUACAGCCUCUUCUCCUACGCCACCAAAAAACAGAGCAACGAGAUCCUGCUCUUCAAGCCCAAACCCGGCCAGUACGAGCUCGCCGUGGGGAACAAGCUCUUGUUCUUCACGGUGCCCGUAAGUCUCGGGGAGAGCGAGCACGUUUGUGUCAGCUGGGAAUCCUCCACCGGCAUCGUGGGAUUCUGGUUCAACGGGAAGCCGUGGCCGAGGAAGGGGCUGCAGAGGGGCUACACGGUGGGAGUGCCAGCGUCCAUCCUGCUGGGGCAGGACCAGGACAGCUUCGGGGGGGGCUUCGAAGCCCAGCAGUCCUUUGUGGGGGAGAUUUCAUCCGUGUACAUGUGGGACACGGGGAUCUCCAACUCGGAGGUGUUGUGGGCCAUGCACAACAAACCCAUCCAAACCCCCAUCUUCGGCUGGAGGGACUUCCCCUACAAGAUCGUGGGUGACGUGUACCUGAAGCCCUGAGGCUGUGGGGGGUGUCCCCGAUCCCUGCUGUGUAACCCCCUCCCCCAAAGCCAUCCAACAUCACAUAAAUGGAGAAAUGGGUUUUUA